AUGUCUCAAAAUAAAUACUUAAGACUUGAAGAAAAUGAUUUGGUUGAAGAAGAAUUAGAAUUACAAGAAAUAUCAAAUAAAUCUCUAGAUAAUGUAGACGAAAUAAAUUAUGGUUUAAGAAAUCGAACUAGCACUGGAGAUCUUGAUGACAAUGGAUAUCUGUUGGAUGAUUCUAAAACAUCAAUAGAUUCAGAAAGUUUAGAGAAUUCACCAAUACCUAUGGUGGCUGCGGCAGUUAGUGUAAAAGAUGAUCCGUCUUUACCUUGUACUACAUUUCGAUUUUGGAUAUUAAGCACUGUAUUUACAUCACUUGGUGCUGCUGUUUCAGAAUUUUAUUAUUUCCGUUCUAACGGUGGUGGUUACUCUAUAUUUUUUGUGUUAUUGGUUUCUUAUAUUAUUGGAAGAUGGAUGGCCCAUUUUCUUCCAAUGCGCGAAUUCAAAUUUUAUAAAUGGAAAUUUACUUUAAAUCCUGGUCCAUUUAAUGUUAAGGAACAUGUCCUCAUCGCUGUGGCAGCUGGGGCUGGUGGUGGCUCAGCAUAUGGCACAGACAUUAUUGCAAUACAAGAUCUGUUUUAUAAUCAACACCCAGGCUUCAUCAUAGGAAUGCUACUUUUAAUGAGCACUCAGAUGAUUGGGUAUGGUUUGGCCGGAUUUUUAAGAAAAUUUCGUAUGGGAAGUGGUUAUCAUGGUCUUGGCAUCUUAAAUUUUUCUCUAGAUUGGAAUGCUAUAGGGCAACCUGGACCACUGUACACACCUUGGUGGGCACAAGUAAACUGGUAUGCUGGUGUGAUAAUUGGAGCUUGGAUAAUAGCUCCAAUUUUGUAUUACAAUGAUUUUUGGAUGGCAAAAAAAUUUCCAAUUUUGGCAACUUAUUCUUUAAAUCAUGAUGGUGAAAGCGUUACAUUCGCUGUUGGAUAUUUUUAUUCUUUUAUAGCCUUUACUGCCGCAAUUACACAUGUUAUCCUCUUUUACGGUGAUGAAAUCUGGAAUAGAUUUAAAGCAAGUCGAUCAGAAGAAGUUGAAGAUAUUCAUUGUAAAAUGAUGAGAAAUUAUGAAGAGAUUCCAAAUUGGUGGUAUGCCUGUAUAUUUGUAUCCAUGUUAUUUAUCGCAGUAAUUCUCUGUGACGUAUCCGGGGCUCAUUUACCGUGGUGGGGUUUAAUGAUCGCUGUUAGUAUAGCGUGUUUUAUGGUAUUACCAAUAGGAAUUAUCCAAGCCGUAUCAAAUAAUCAAGUUGGUCUUAACGUUAUCACAGAAAUGAUUUGCGGAUAUAUUUUUCCGGGUCUUCCAAUUGCCAACGUAUAUUUUAAAUGUUAUGGCUAUAUGGCUAUGUAUCAAUGCCUAUCAUUCGUAUCAGAUCUUAAACUUGGUCAUUAUAUGAAAAUUCCACCAAAAGCAAUGUUUACAGCACAAUUGUGGGGCACAGUUGUUGGUGCAUUCGUUAAUUAUUGGAUUUUACAAUUGAUAAUAUACGCCAAACGACCUUUUUUAGAUGGUACAAUGAAAGAUCCAACUGGUCAAUGGACAGGAUAUCGAUCACAAGUUUUUAAUACAGCAUCGAUAGUCUGGGGAUUAAUUGGACCAGAAAGAAAUUUUGGCAGUGUAUCAUUUCCAGAAUGGUGGGGAAAUAAUUUAGAAACUCAGGGUGAAAGAUGUUUUGAAUCGUCAACGUCUUCAUAA